GCCGCGCCUCCCUCGCGCUCCACACCCGGAGCGGCGCCGCCACCGCCCCGCUGCCCCCGCCGGCCGCGCCGUGACGCGGGCAUGAGCCUGGCCCGCCGCCCGCCGAGCAAGCGCCCCGGGCCCGGGCCUUGGCGCCCAGCCGGCGCCGGGCAGAGGAACUGCUAGAACAAUGCUGAGGCGGGCGAGGUGAGGAGCGGCCGGCGCGGCCCCGCCGACGGAGCGUCUGGAACAGGUGAUAGGAGGAUCCGGAAACCCAGGCCACCUGGGCAGCCCUCCCCGCGCCCGGGCCGGCGCCCCGGCUGGGCACGGGGGGGGAGACCAUGGCGACCAAUUUCAACGACAUCGUCAAGCAAGGCUACGUGAAGAUGAAGAGCAGGAAGCUGGGGAUCUACCGGAGGUGCUGGCUGGUGUUCCGGAAAUCCUCCAGCAAGGGGCCCCAGCGGCUGGAGAAGUAUCCGGAUGAGAAAUCAGUGUGCCUCCGAGGCUGCCCCAAGGUGACCGAGAUCAGCAACGUCAAGUGUGUCACGCGGCUCCCCAAGGAGACCAAGAGGCAGGCGGUGGCCAUCAUAUUCACUGACGACUCGGCGCGUACCUUCACCUGCGACUCAGAGCUGGAGGCGGAGGAAUGGUACAAGACGCUGUCCGUGGAGUGUCUGGGUUCGCGACUCAAUGACAUCAGUCUCGGCGAGCCGGACCUCCUGGCCCCAGGAGUGCAGUGUGAGCAGACAGACCGCUUCAACGUCUUCCUGCUGCCCUGCCCCAACCUGGAUGUGUAUGGCGAGUGCAAGCUGCAGAUCACCCACGAGAACAUCUACCUCUGGGACAUACACAACCCCCGCGUGAAGCUCGUCUCGUGGCCCCUGUGCUCACUGCGCCGCUACGGCCGGGAUGCCACGCGCUUUACCUUCGAGGCUGGCCGGAUGUGCGAUGCUGGGGAAGGGCUCUACACCUUCCAGACCCAGGAAGGGGAACAGAUUUACCAGCGGGUCCACAGUGCCACCCUGGCCAUCGCUGAGCAACACAAGCGCGUGCUGCUGGAGAUGGAGAAGAACGUGCGGCUGCUGAACAAGGGCGCGGAACAUUACUCGUAUCCCUGCACGCCCACCACCAUGCUGCCCCGCAGCGCCUACUGGCACCACAUCACAGGCUCCCAGAACAUUGCUGAGGCCUCCAGCUAUGCCGGUGAGUCCCUGCGGUGCCCCCCGCUCCCCUGCCAUGGGGCUGUGGAGGACAAGGCCUUCCGCGCAGGGGUUCUUGGACCUGCCCGAGGCCUGAGCCUGCCUCUUGUGUCCACAGGUGAGGGGUACGGGGCAGCCCAGGCCAGCUCAGAGACAGACCUCCUCAACCGAUUCAUCCUGCUAAAGCCAAAGCCCAGCCAGGGGGACAGCAGCGAGGCCAAGACCCCAGCCCAGUGACAGCGGGGCUGGUGCACUGCAGGACCGCCCACGGCAUACCGUGGACAGCCUCUGGGGGCUGCCAGCCCAGAGCCUGGAGAAACGGAGCAAGCUGUCCCUUCCUUGCCCCCAAGGGUGAGCCUGGACAAAGGCACAGGGCUGGCCACAGCAUCAGAGCAUGUGUGAGGGCUGGAGCUACUGUGGGACUGUAUACUGUUAAGGAUUUUAAUAUAUAUGGCUUAUGACAUAUUCUAUAUUAAGGAGAUUUCCCCCUCCCUCCCUACGACAUACACUUUUAAUCCCAUGACCAGGUCCCAGUCGAGGCUGUUUCUGAAUGUGAGGGCAGCUGUCCCGUCCUCUGUGGGGCAGCCCUCCAGCUGCCAGGACGGGCUGGAGCUGCCGGGGCCAGAGGAGGGAACAGCUCGAGGCUGGCGCUGGGACUGCUGGCUCUCCCCGAGCAACCCAGGGGCUAGGACAGCAAGUGGCUUCUCUGUUCCUCUGGGCCUCGUGUGGCAUGGGAAGGAUCUGAGCUUCCACGGUGCCACUUCGCAACCUUGCACUUGAGAGCUUUUAAGCAGAGGUGACCGCUGGUUGACACCUCAAGUGAAAAUCUGGUUUUAAAAUGUAAUUUCUGCCUAGGCUCCUUCCUGCUUCAUAGGCUGAGAAGAUACCCCAAGGGCAGGGGUGCUGGUUCCCUCAGCCAGACAUGGAGGGUAGCCAGUCCCGAGCUCUUCCCUGCCGAAGGGCAGGCUGCAGCAGGACUGCUGUGGGGAACACCCCUGCUGCCCACCCCCCCAUGACCGAGGGUAGGUGAUGUCCCAGCAGAGGGAGCCCCUCUGCCCAGGGCAGCCCCCCUCUGGCCAGCCAAAAGCACUCAAACCGAGCCCUUCCCCUUUCCUCUUCCCCACAUGGUGCUGAGGCUCCCUGCUGAAAUGCAAUUAAAGCAAUUGAUUUUCUA